GGGCUGGGCGGCGCGGCCGGAGGAGAGCGGAGCGCUGGGACCCGGGCCGGAGCCGGAGUUGGAGUUGGAGACGCCGUCGCGGCUGGAGCGGGGUGUGCGGCGGACGGAGAGGCGAGCGGCGACCGAGGUUUGUCUGCAGAUUGUGAACCCCAGAAGCUGAAGCACCCCCUGCUGCCCCUCUCCCUUUGAAGAAAUGUCUGUCGCUUACGACGAUUCCGUCGGAGUGGAAGUGUCCAGCGAUAGCUUCUGGGAGGUGGGGAACUACAAGCGGACCGUGAAGCGGAUCGAUGACGGCCACCGCCUGUGCAGCGACCUCAUGAACUGCCUGCACGAGCGGGCGCGCAUCGAGAAGGCGUACGCACAGCAGCUCACCGAGUGGGCCCGGCGCUGGAGGCAGCUCGUGGAGAAGGGGCCGCAGUACGGCACCGUGGAGAAGGCCUGGAUGGCGGUCAUGUCCGAGGCGGAGCGGGUGAGCGAGCUGCACCUGGAGGUGAGGGCCUCCCUGAUGAGCGAGGACCUGGAGAAGAUCAAGACCUGGCAGAAGGACGCCUUCCACAAGCAGAUGAUGGGCGGCUUCAAGGAGACCAAGGAGGCCGAGGACGGCUUCCGCAAGGCGCAGAAGCCCUGGGCCAAGAAGCUGAAAGAGGUGGAGGCAGCCAAGAAAGCCCACCACGCGGCGUGCAAAGAGGAGAAGCUGGCCAUCUCAAGGGAGGCCAACAGCAAGGCAGACCCGUCCCUCAACCCAGAGCAGCUCAAGAAACUGCAAGACAAAGUAGAGAAAUGCAAGCAAGAUGUGCUCAAGACCAAGGAGAAGUAUGAGAAGUCCCUGAAGGAGCUGGACCAGGGCACCCCCCAGUACAUGGAGAACAUGGAGCAGGUGUUUGAGCAGUGCCAGCAAUUCGAGGAGAAGCGCCUUCGCUUCUUCCGGGAGGUUCUGCUGGAGGUCCAGAAGCACCUGGACCUGUCCAACGUGGCUGGCUACAAAGCCAUUUACCGCGACCUGGAACAGAGCAUCAAGGCGGCCGACGCAGUGGAGGACCUGAGGUGGUUCCGGGCCAACCACGGGCCAGGCAUGGCCAUGAACUGGCCGCAGUUUGAGGAGUGGUCCGCAGACCUGAAUCGCACCCUCAGCCGGAGGGAGAAGAAGAAGGCGUCUGAUGGUGUCACCCUGACAGGCAUCAGCCAGACAGGUGACCAGGCUCUCCAGAGCAAGCCCAGCAGCAACCUUAGUGUCCCGAGCAACCCCGCCCAGUCACAGUCCAGCUACAACCCCUUCGAGGACGAGGACGACACGGGCAGCACCGUCAGUGAGAAGGAGGACAUUAAGCCCAAAAACGUGAGCAGCUAUGAGAAGACGCAGAGCUACCCCGCCGACUGGUCAGACGACGAGUCCAACAACCCGUUCUCCUCCACGGAUGCCAACGGGGACUCAAAUCCUUUCGACGAGGACACCACCUCCGGGACGGAAGUGCGGGUCCGGGCGCUGUAUGACUACGAGGGGCAGGAACACGACGAGCUGAGCUUCAAGGCCGGGGACGAGCUGACCAAGAUAGAGGACGAGGACGAGCAGGGCUGGUGCAAGGGGCGCUUGGACAGUGGACAGGUCGGCCUGUACCCGGCCAACUACGUCGAGGCCAUCCAGUGACGGGCCGUGGGCGGGCUGGCGGAGGCAUGGGAGCCACCGUCGCAGGAGCCCCGCCAGCCCCUGGCCCAGGCAGCGGCGGCUCUGGCGCCCCCAGCUGGCCUCUGGCGUCCUCGCGGGCGGACGAGCUGGGCACGUCAGCCGUCCGGUGCAGCAGGAGCUGCAAGCGCAGGAAGACGCGGCGCCACAGAGGAAGAGCAGCCCCUCCCAGCUUCUCAUGGGUCUGUGUAUUCCUGACCUGUCCCCGCCCGGCCGCCGCAGUCACCCCGAGUUCUCCCGUCACUGCAAACACACCUGGCGCCGUUCCCUGAGUGGAGACUUCGAGGUGUCUAAUUUACAGGCUGUGCACAGUUCUGCCUUCUCCGCGCCUGCUCUGCCGUCGGUUCAUACCUAAGUCAGGCCGCAGGCUGAGCCGUCACGCGGCACAGGGCGGCUGCCAGGGGCGCGCGCGGCCGAGGAGAGGAGAGCGCGCUGCGGGCAGGCCCUGGGGUGCAGCCUCAGGAAUAACCACGUAGAGCUCCCCAAAGUCACCGUAUUUAAAAAGUAUUUUCUCUAUUCUUGCUUAAAACUUUAUUCUUUUGCAAAUUAACGAUUUUCUCAGUGAUUUAAAAGGUUUAAAAGCAAGACUAACUUUCCAAGCCAACGCCUCGUAGGUUGAGACGCUUUACCAUGCGAGACCGUCAUGUCUCGUGUGCAUCUGUAUAUAUUAUUUGGUAUCAGAGAAUCUAAAGAGUUCACCUGCUGUUUUCAUGAGACGUAACGGCUUCGGACAGCGCGUUUCACUUGCAAACUGCUUGAAGUCCGCGGCCCUGGGACAGGCUGGGCCGUGGGCCCCCCAGAGCGGAAGUGGAGACUGCUGGGGGCGGCUUGUCCUCCCGGGGCUGGGGGGGGGGGGGGCUGCUGAGCGCCUCAGGCCCCGGUCCUGUAGCAGAACACUGUGAAGAGCCCAGCCCUGCAGCGGUGCCCCGCUGGGUCGCGGGGAGGGGGGAGAGCCUUUAUUUUGUUAGCACAGACUGUGGGGCCGUGGCCACUGCCUCACAAGCUAUACAUUUCCUCUGUGUUUCCGGUGAGCGCACGUCUCGCUUGGAAGGUGUCUGUGUGUGUGAGAACUCCCAGCAGAAGCCCUCGUUCCCGCGCUGCGGACUGGCCCAGAUUGUCCAGGCUUUUAUUCCUUUAGGUGUAUAGUAUUUUAGGACAAAAUCAAUAAACACUCCAUCUGCAUAUCAAGUCCCUGUACCGAGCAGCUGCCCUGCACUCCCACGGGCCGGCGGGCGUGUCUGUGCGGGUAGCAGCCCCGGAGCUCGGCGAGAGUCAGGGCAGCCCGGGCUGCCCCCGCCUCCAGGCCCCACACACAAGACCGGCACCUGUCGCCCUGGGAGCUCCCGAGUCCCUGCCCUGCGUCGGGCCUGUGUUCCACCUCCUGAGUCGUCUGCAAGUGACCCCAGCCCCCGUGGGGAGAGGCAUCGCCCCAUCUCUGCUCCUCGGAGAAGCCCCAGCUGUCCCAGGCACUGAGCAGAAUCCCUGAGGAGCCCCUGCCCCCCUGGGGGAGCUGAGGAGAAGGAGGCCCAGUUGACAGCGGGAGAAGCGAGGUGCGGGCUGGGCCCGGCGUUGCGGCGCGGUGGAUUGAACUGCGGCUUAUGACAUCGACAUCCCGUAUCAGUGCUGGUCCCCGGGCCCCCGCCACCCAUGUGGGAGACCUGGGUGGAGCUCCUGGCGUCUGGCUUCGGCCUGGCCCAGCCCUGCUGUCCGAGGCAUUUGGGGAAUGAACCAGUGGAUGGAAGAUCCUCUGUGUGUGCCUGCCUCCCUCUGAUGCCCUGCCUUUCAAAUAAAUAAAUCUUUUCAAAACAAA